AUGGUGAAUGGAAGUGUUGAAUUUUGGGGUGAUGUUAUUAGAUUAAUAAAUAAAUAUGGGGUUAAUAUUCGAAUAGCUAAUUCUAAAAAAAGUAUAGACAUUGUUGAAAGGUUUAAUAAGACAUUACAAGAAUGGUCAUCUGUUAUUCAAGAUGCUGUUUCAUCUGCAAAUUCUUUUCGCAUUCCUUGUGGAUUACAUGUUGCUCAAAUUGUAUUAAUGAAUUUUGAAAAUACAGCAUUUGGAAAACUUGACUCACCAUCAGGAUUAUCAUUAAAAGAACACCCAUAUAACUUAAUAAACCUAGUCUUCUAUCUUCAUGAUGGAUAUAAUGAAAGUGAUAAAGAUAAUCCUUUAAAUAUGAAAUCAGAAUUAAAUAAUACUAAACUAAAUCUUCAAUUAUGUUGUCUCGUUAAAUUUGGAGAAAAGAUUUUUGAACCUAUUUACAAAUUUCUUACUGGCUAUGAUCCAGUACUACGAGUUUAUAAUUCAGAUGGUAAUGUAGUAACUCUUUUACCUGGUAAUCGCGCUCAUGAGAUGCCAGAUAAAGUAAUGGAAUGGAUAGCUGAACUUCAAAAUGCUGCAGAAACCAUAUCUGAAAUAUUUCAAGAAGAGUUAGUUGAAGGUCGUGCAAUUUUGAGUUCAGAUGAUAUAAAUGAACUUUAUAAAUCACUUCAAACAGGAGUUAACAAAUCUUUAAAUGGAUUUCUCAAAUAG